AUGCAUAGCAAGGUUGUUAUUAUCGGCUCUGGGCCUGCUGCCCAUACGGCUGCCAUUUAUCUCGCUCGUGCCGAAUUAAACCCAGUUCUCUAUGAGGGUUUUAUGGCGAACGGUGUUGCUGCUGGCGGUCAGUUAACAACUACUACCGAUAUUGAGAACUUUCCCGGAUUCCCCAAGGGUAUUAUGGGUGGCGAGUUAAUGGAUGCUAUGAGACAACAAUCGGAACGAUUUGGUACCAAGAUUAUUACCGAAACAGUAGCCAAGCUCGACCUUUCUUCGAGGCCGUUCAAGUACGAGACAGAGUGGUCACCUGGUGAGGUGCACACCGCAGAUUCCGUCAUCAUUGCCACGGGUGCUUCAGCGAGGAGGUUAGGUCUCCCGGGAGAGGAGAAAUACUGGCAAAGCGGCAUUAGCGCUUGUGCCGUUUGCGAUGGUGCUGUCCCUAUAUUCAGAAAUAAACCCCUGGUUGUUAUUGGUGGUGGAGACAGCGCUGCCGAGGAAGCAACUUUCCUUACAAAGUACGGGAGCCACGUAACGGUGUUGGUACGGAAAGAUCAGCUACGUGCCAGCAGUAUCAUGGCACAGCGGUUAUUGAAACACCCCAAGGUCACUGUUCAAUUUAACACCAGGGGCGUGGAAGUUAGAGGAGACGACAAGGUGAUGACCCAUAUGGUUAUCGAAAAUACAGCUACCGGGAAACGACAGCUAAUAGAGGCCAAUGGUCUAUUCUAUGCCGUUGGCCACGACCCGGCCACAAGCUUGGUCAAGGGACAACUGGAUAUCGAUGAGGACGGCUACAUUAUCACCAAGAAUGGAACACCGGCAACAAGCAUUGAGGGUGUUUUCGCUGCUGGCGAUGUACAAGACAAGAGAUAUAGACAAGCUAUCACUAGCGCAGGUUCCGGAUGCAUGGCUGCCAUGGAUGCGGAGAAGUACCUUGCGGAGCACGAAGUAGACGAUCGAGAGGGGGCUGCUCAGGGCAAAGCUGAGUAG